AUGGCUGAGGAAACAGACAGGGAGGCUAGCACUUACAACUGCUAUCCUGACGUUGGAGAAUGGUACCUUAUCUACAGAAACUACUAUGAAGAUGCUGACUUUGGUGGAACAGCCAAGUGUGUCAAAUAUAGCCGAUAUGGGUCAUAUGAAAACUUCAGCACCCCCGCAGUUUUUACUUUUGGGGAAGAUGGAUAUCUGACAGGAAAGCUGACUAUGAGUUCGACAGACUGCUACUUUGCCAAAAACAAAAAGACCUUUGUUCCUGACAAUAAUGAUGGCCCGGACGAGUCGUUUCACGUCAUAUACAUCGAAUGUGCCACUUGUUUCGUUGCUCGCCACCCGUACGCUGGUGACGGCCAGGGCUGUUCCUUCUGGCGGCGCUCGGACAGCCUUCAUGAGUCGGCGCAUUGUUGCGAGUUUAUAUACGACCAAAACUGCGGCGCCUCUCCGAAGUACAAGAUGUACAACCCCACGUGCACGUGGAGAACGCCCACAAUAAAGCCCGUAGCAGUUGAAGGGCUUUUUGCCUUGUCGCGGGACUUGGCAUAGCUCCGGGCAGACACGGCGACUACGUCUGGUGCAAGACGGAACAGCGGUGUUAUGAAGAUAGGAAAGAUGAUUGUGCGAAGUUGCAAUUAAAUUCCAGGUUUAUUGCGUGCGCACAUGCUGGCAAAAGUAGUUCUCAGCUAAGCCUAAAGAAUCCUUUGAGCAUAUUAGAAGUAGUAUUUCACGAACACAAUACGCACCCAGCCUACAGUUUAAAAUAAGCAUUUACUGCAAUACGAUAGAAAUUUUAUCUUGCUAAACAUUAACGGAAGAGGAGGAGAAAGAGGAGGAGGCGCAGGCCAUUAACAAAGGAAGGCGAUCUUGACAGUACGUUCCACCUGGGCCCGCUCUGCGUGCUCCGCUCGGUCAUGAACAUGAACUUCGGUAUAACCUGCAAAUGUGUGUUGUACAAUAAAUCGACGUGUU